GCCGGGGCGGGGCAGGCGGCGCGGGUGUUUCCGUUGCCUGGAGCCGGCCCCGAGCAGCCGUCGAGCCCUCCUCCCGCUGCAUCCCUGCCUCGCGGCCCGCGCCCCUCGCUGCACUCCGCUGCGCCCCUGCCGGCUCUGGCCCUCGAUCCCUCUGUCUGGCCGCGUCCCUUCCCCGGAGCUGAGCAGUCGCCAUGGCACAGGUCCCCAGAGGCACCGUGACCGCCUACCCCGGAUUCGAUGAGCGGGCCGACGCCGAAGCCCUCCGGAAGGCCAUGAAGGGCCUGGGCACCGAUGAGGAGACCAUCCUGACCCUGCUGACCUCCCGCAGCAACGCACAGCGCCAGGAAAUCGUCGGUGCCUUCAAGACGCUGUUCGGCAGGGACCUCCUGGACGACCUGAAGUCGGAGCUGACCGGCAAGUUCGAGAAGCUGAUCGUGGCGCUGAUGAAGCCGUCCUGGCUGUACGACGCCUACGAGCUGAAGCACGCGCUGAAGGGAGCAGGGACAGACGAGAAAGUGCUGACAGAAAUCAUCGCCUCCAGGACCCCGGAAGAACUGACCGCCAUAAAGAAGGUUUAUGAAGAAGAGUACGGCUCCAGCCUGGAGGACGACGUGGUGGGGGACACCUCGGGCUACUACCAGAGGAUGCUGGUGGUUCUGCUUCAGGCCAGCAGAGACCCUGACUCCGGGAUCAACGAGGCGCAGGUUGAGCAGGACGCUCAGGUGUUGUUUCAGGCUGGAGAACUUAAGUGGGGGACGGACGAAGAGAAGUUUAUCACCAUCCUCGGGACGCGGAGCGUGUCUCACUUGCGCAGGGUGUUUGACAAAUACAUGACUAUAUCAGGAUUUCAAAUUGAGGAAACCAUUGACCGAGAGACCUCUGGUAAUUUGGAGCAACUCCUCCUUGCUGUUGUGAAGUGCAUCCGGAGCGUGCCCGCCUACCUCGCGGAGACCCUCUACUACGCCAUGAAGGGCGCGGGGACCGACGACCACACCCUCAUCCGCGUGGUCGUUUCCAGGAGCGAGAUCGACCUGUUCAACAUCAGGAAGGAGUUCCGGAAGAACUUCUCCACCUCCCUUUACUCCAUGAUCAAGGGGGACACGUCUGGGGACUAUAAGAAGGCCCUGCUGCUGCUCUGUGGGGGAGAAGACGACUGAGAGCCCCGCCGAAGGGCCCCGCCCCCGCCAGCCCCGCACCGCCCGCGCCCGCCCACAUGCCAGAGCCCCGCCGCGGCGCCAGCCCUGACCAGCCGGCGUGGGAGCCGCGGGGCCUGCUCCCCCGCCCCAGACCCCCGCCCACCGCUGGAGCCCUCGCUCGUGCUUAGGUCACUAGGGCUGACGUCUGCGACACUUAGAUGUUUUCCUGUAAGAGGUCAGGCCGCACGUCGCAUUCUAAACAGCUUCACCGAUGUCCAAUCCGUAACCGUAUCACCUUAACUGGGAGCUUAGCCUUGGCCCUGUGAGUCCCUGGAUGUCUCAGCAAUCAAGGUCGCCGCUAAAUUAAACCUGGAAAAUGAUGGAGGUUGCAUUUGAAAAUUAGCAGUAAAUAAACAUUUCUUU